UGCGGCAACAUCUUGGAAUCAACUGUGGCAAAAUACUACGCACGCGUUUGUUUACCAACAAACUUAAACGACGGAGCAAGCUGGCUUUGCGCUAAUUUGGAAAGAUUUAAAAUUAAAAUUAGUCAGAGAGCCCACAUAAUUUGUUAUUUAUACUUGCUACAAUGUGCGGACGAACUUGCUUAACUCUCAAUCCAAAGGAGAUCCAGUCAUGCUGCAAGUACAAAACUACACCUGAUAGCAAACCAAAAUCACCCGAGUAUCGGAACGAGUUCAACUGCGGUCGCAAGUAUGAACCAUCCUACAACAUUGCUCCAACCGAUUUGAGUCCGGUGUUGGUUUCGGCCGCUCAUUUUGACGAACAAAAGGACAGCGCGGAAAGGACACUGGUUCCGAUGAUGUGGAGUAUGGUUCCGCGCUGGCACAAAGGAGACUACAAAAAGCAUGGCCUCACUACAAACAACUGUCGGCUCGAAAGCCUGGCAAUGUCGAAGUUGUACGGAGCGCCGUUUAAAGCCGGUCAAAGGUGCAUUGUUCUGAGUGAAGGAUUUUAUGAAUGGCAGACAACAAAAGUGCUCAAGGCUUCGGACCGUCCGGCAUUCUUCGUCCAUAUGCCACAGAACGAAAAGGUCCGAAUGGAUGACAAAACGACAUGGAACCUGAAAGAGGACGGAAUCAAUCUGCUCAAAAUGGCUGGACUGUUCGACGUGUGGGAAGACGAGAACGGCGACAAACUUUACAGCUACACGGUAAUCACAUUUGAAUCCAAUGAAAAGUUCUCACCAAUACACCACCGUUUGCCGGCAAUUUUGGACACGGAAGCGGACGUCACUGCUUGGUUGGACUACAAACGAGUGGGAGCUAACCGGGCCUUGAACAUGCUAAAACCGAGCGAAGCUAUCGAAUGGUACCCGGUCUCGAGCUUGGUGAACAACUCCAGAAACAAGUCCAGCGAAUGCAACAAGCAAAUUGAACCAGGACAAAACCAACCCACGACCCCAAAGAGCAAACUUAUGCAGUCGUGGUUGAUCGUCAAAAAACGUAAAUUCGACGACAUCGACGACGAUCCAAAGUAGUUAGCGGACACAUCUUUCAA